UCAUCUGCAGGAAAAAUAACAACAAAACAUUUCGUCACUGUGUAGCUUUGUUGGAGACAUUUUAACAGUGUCGAGCGCUUUUAAUCUUUAACUCGUGUUCUGCCCUCGCUUCAUGGGUGCCUAGCCCUGGGUUUUCUUCUAAGCUAUAUCUACCUGGUAACAUCAACCUAACGUCACUCCUCCAACAUGGCCCAACCGAGAGGAGUCAACAGUCUACAGUUCAACCAGGACCAGAGUUGUUUCUGUUGUGCCAUGGAAACCGGUGUCAGGAUCUACAAUGUGGAGCCUCUUAUAGAGAAGGGGCAUCUUGGUGAGUGGAAUUCAGACCUGUGGUACGAGCGAUCUGUGUGUUCGCAUACUGUGUGUGUGAUCAUCCUGUGCUUGUGUGUGUCAGACCAUGAGCAGGUGGGUAGUGUGGCCCAGUGUUCAAUGCUGCAUCGCUCCAACCUGCUGGCUGUAGUAGGAGGUGGAGUCAACCCCAAGUUCUCUGAGAUCUCAGUGUUGAUCUGGGAUGAUGCUCGGGAGGGGAGGGACCCCAAGGACAAGCUAGUGCUGGAGUUUACCUUUACCAAGCCUGUUCUGGCCGUACGCAUGAGACACGACAAGAUCAUCAUUGUGUUAAAGAACAGGAUCUAUGUCUACAGUUUCCCUGACAACCCUGUGAAACUGUUUGAGUUUGACACCAGAGACAACCCUAAAGGACUGUGUGACCUGUGCCCCAGUCUGGAGAAACAGCUGCUGGUCUUCCCUGGACAUAAGUGUGGAAGUCUACAGCUUGUGGACCUUUCCAACACCAAGCCUGGCACAUCGUCCGCCCCCUUUACCAUCAACGCCCACCAGAGUGAGAUCGCCUGCCUGGCGCUCAACCAGCCUGGCAGCGUCGCGGCCUCGGCCUCCCGCAAGGGUACCCUCAUCAGACUGUUUGAUACUACCACCAGAGACAAACUAGUGGAGCUGCGCAGAGGAACAGACCCUGCUACACUCUACUGCAUCAACUUCAGUCAUGACUCUUCGUUCCUGUGUGCCUCCAGUGACAAGGGCACUGUUCACAUCUUUGCUCUCAAAGAUACUAAACUCAACAGACGCUCAGCAUUGGCUCGCGUGGGGAAGGUGGGCCCAGUGAUUGGCCAGUAUGUGGACAGCCAGUGGUCAUUGGCCAGUUUCACCGUUCCGGCAGAGUGUGCCUGUAUCUGUGCGUUUGGGAAGAACACCUCUAAAAACGUCAACUCUGUCAUCGCUAUAUGUGUUGACGGGACGUUCCAUAAAUACGUGUUCACCCCUGAUGGUAACUGUAACCGAGAAGCCUUUGACGUUUACCUGGACAUCUGUGAUGAUGACGACUUCUAAGAGGAUGGAGAGAGGGAAGAAGGAGAGCGGGAGAGAGAGAGGGGGAGGGCAGGGGAGAAGAGACUUGGUGAUAAAUGUGAUAAUGGUAGGUUGGAUUUAGAAUCUGACAGAGGUGAAGCAGAUGUUGUACAGAACAAAAUACAGGUGUGUGAAAAGGGUCUGUUUAACGCGAUUGCCUCGUGUUCUUAUUGUAACCAAGUGUAUUUAAAAAUAUAUGAAGAUUAAAAACAUUUUUACGAUGA